UCGAUCGAGACCGUCUUCUCGGUCGCAACCCAGCAAUCGAAGCUCUGCUCCUGCUCCCGCGAAAUCUCAAUCUUUCGCCUUCGAGCUCCCGCUGCUCCCGCCAAACCACGCUGCUCCCGCCAAAUCGAGCUCCUGCUCUGCUCCCGCCAAAUCCAAUAUGCCGCGCCACCGCCGCUGCAGCCGGCUGCGCCGCAUCGUCGGCGGCGUCUCAGUCGGAGCUCUCCUGCUGUUAGCCGGAAGCGGAGGCCACAACGCCUACUCGGGCCGCCCGGUCUUCUCGUUGCCCCUCGGCCUCGGCGCCCCCUUCCCGCUCGUCGCCGACAGUCCGGCGCCCCCGCCCUUCCCGUUCGCUGCCGACUUUUCGCCGUCGCCGUCGCCGUCCCCGCAAUCCCAAUACUCGCCCUUCCGCCUCAGCGAUGACAGCCUCGCGCGGCGCCUUCUCCCCCUCCGCCUCCGCGCCGGCCACUCGCCGCCGCCGCAGGAGGCGGAUGCGGUCCUCCUUCCCGACCAGGAGGUCCUGGUCCUCGACGACACUGAGCCUACCGGCGACGCCAUCUGCGCCUUCCAGGGUGGGGCGUCCUCCCCGGCGAGACCGCUCGGGAGGCUGCCGGCGUCCGGGCUUCACUCAUACGUCUGCCGCCUUCCCGAGCCAGCGCAGAGCUUCCAGCAGCUCCAAGCGCCGCUCUUACUCCACUCCUCCACCUCCUCGGCCGCCGCAGCUGCUCUAGAUCCUCCUUCUCCUUCUCCGGGCCGCGCAUUGCUUAACUGGAGCAGCGACCCGAUAGUGUUUGACUCGGCUCUUCUGGACGGAGGCGACGUGCUCGUCUUCGCUAAGGGAAUCAGCCGCCGCCAAGGUCUUCAGUGCCUGUAUCGCUACAGCGACGGCGCCGGUACCAUGCUGGCAUCUACGCCCGCAAUCAGCUCAGUACAGCAAGUUACUCGCUGCCCCUCGCCGCCUACACCUGUCAAGUCAGGAGGAAGCACCAAGUUUCUUGUCACACUAGGGGUCACUGGCGAGGAUCCCAUGCCCUCCCUUGCAACCUUUCGUCGACAGCAAGCUGAAUCUUCUUCGCUGACUCCCCACAAGAGUUCAAUUUGCGCCUGCACAAUGGGACGCAACAUCUCCAAGUUUCUCAGGGAGUGGGCACUCUACCAUAGUGCGAUUGGGGUGGAUCAGUUCUUUAUCUACGAUAAUGGCAGCGAGGACAACUUGGCAGGCCUAGUGGCGCAGCUCAUAUCCUCCGGGCUCAACAUCACAACCGUGCCAUGGCCUUGGACCAAGGUCCAAGAAGCUGGUCUGUCUCAUUGCGCGGCCACACAGCAAGCUUCGUGCCAAUGGAUGGCUGUCAUAGAUGUUGAUGAGUUCAUCUUCUCAACAAGCUGGGCAGGAUUAGAGAAGCCAUCAAAAUCUUUGCUCGAGCCCGUCAUUUCUGUUGAUGAUAGCGUUGGCCAAAUAUACCUUGCUUGUUAUGACUUUGCCCCCUCGGGCCAAACAGCACAUCCACCAGAGGGGGUCUGCCAGGGCUACACUUGCCGGUUGAAGAACCCGCAGCGGCACAAAUCCUUGGUCCGUCUCGACGCCGUGGAACCAUCCCUCAUGAAUGUGGUCCAUCAUUUUAAGCUCAAGCCUGCUUUCAAAAGCAUCUGGACCGCGUUGGCACGUGUUAACCACUACAAAUACCAAGCUUGGUCGGAGUUCAAAGUCAAGUUCAAGAGGCGCGUGUCCGCUUAUGUGGCUGAUUGGAAAGAUCCGAUCAACCUCGACUCAAAGGACCGGGCUCCUGGCUUAGGAGUUGAUGACACCGAACCAAAAGGCUGGGCCCAAAGAUACUGCGAGGUUAAAGACAAUAUCCUUCAGCUGUUAACCGCAAGAUGGUUUGGUGUCGGAUUUGGGAACCCUCAUUAGCUCCAGUCAGAUCAGGUAACACACACUGGUAAGAUCUACCACCUCUCCCCCUCUUUUACAUAGUAAUUUCUGUUUAUUUACACUAACAAAACGUAAAUCAAAACCACUGAAUUUUCCAGAAUUAAAAAUUAUCUCUUAAAUUGGAUGGUAUACACCUUCUAAAUAAGCUUUAGUUUUUUUUGUGAAUAAAUAUAGGCUUUAGGUUGAUGGGGAAGCACCACAAAAUGUGUGUGUUGCUUACUCCCUCUAGUCUAGUUCUGAAGAAGCCCCCAUAAUGCAACUUUUACUGCUUAUUUUCGUUAACUAUAAAACUCUUCAAAUUUAUACUUCUUUAAAAUACUUUAUGAGAGAUAACCUUUAUUUUUAUUAUACAUUAUUACUGUAAAGCUCUUCAAGACAAUAUUGUUUUGAAAAUAGUUUAUGAGAUAAACCUACUCAUUGUUUUCACAUACCCAAUCCAAAAAUAUUUUGAAAUAUAGCGAGUCAAAGUUUGGAAAAAGUUAAUUAAACCCAUGCCUAAACCAACAACUUUUCCAGAACUAGAAGAGGGAGUAUAAUAAUAACCUGUGAGCAUUUUGCCUAUCAAUAGUUAGCAGUUUGUUUUCGCUAUUCAAGUUCUUGCUGUCCUUCUUUUUCCAUGUUGAACUGUUAAGAACAGAUUUAUAUUCAUUUUGCCUUGAUACUCAGCAUGUGACACGGUGCUUUAAUAUUGGUUUCUUUGCUAAAAUUGGAUGACUUCUUUUCCUUGAAUGAUUUUGGCUUAACAGUUGGGCUUAGAUCAAUUGAAUUUGUAAUGCUUAGCUGGAGCAUGACAUGAAGCCUCUUUAUUUUAUUUUAUUUUAUUUUUGGGUCUGGGUGGCUGGAUCACUAAUCAGUGAAAGCUUCACCUAAAUGAUUUCAAAUUUUGUUUGUUGAUUGAGGUCCAUUUCUUAAAUAUGUUGUUUGGUUGAUCCUUAUGGUUGUUUGGUUUCUAUUCUGAAACUAUUGAUUGAAAUGCCGGUCUACACUUUGUUGGCUUUUCUUAAAAAAAAAAGAAUCUUGGUUUAUGAAUUAUGAUGCAGUUAAGCUUUGGCUUAUAUGGUUUUGUUCCAGUUUUGACUUGUUUUAAUUAGCUGGAAACAUCUUUGGAGAAAGUCUUUCUUGAUAUGGAACUCAUACAUCAAAAUGCAUCUCCAAUGGAGAAUGCGACAUUGUCAGACUGAACUUGCAAGGUCAAGGUGUGAACCAGUGUAUUGAAAAUUACUUUUGCUGCAUGGUUUCUACUGAUCCGAAGAAACAGGUCCAGCAUUUACCCAUGGCUGAAUACUGGUACAACAGUUCCUUUCAUUCGUCUCUCCAAAAGACUCCUUUUGAGGCCUUAUAUAUGGAUAUAUAUCCACAGCCACAAAUCAAUGAGUUCUCUAUGGAAGGCACUACUGACAGUGAGGCAUAGGGUUCCUUAACUGGCAGACAACAACUGCUGUCAACACUGAAGUACAAUCUCUUAAUCGCCCAGCAGCGCAUGAAGAAAUAUGCAGAUUGCAAGCGAGUUGAAAGGACUCUCGCAGUAGGUGACAAUGGUUUACUUGAAGCUUCAACCAUAUCGUCUGAAUGCUUUCGGCCUUCUCUCUCACAUCAAGCUGCAAAGCAAGUUUUACGGACCAUUUCGAGUACUGUAUCAUGUGGGCAACGUGACAUAUCACCUGUAGCUGCAAACAUGGGUAUCCACCCAGUGUUCCACAUCAGCCAGCUGAAGAAACACAUCGGACCCAAUGCAGUUCCCUGUGCUGAUUUACCUCUAGGUGAUCCUGAAGAGCGUACCAGAACUGAACCUGGUAUCGUAUUUCAGACCCAACAGAUCCCUCGCAACAAUCGACCGGUUGUCCAAUGGCUUGUACAAUGGGAGAAUUUUCCACUGGAUGAUGCAACUUGGGAAGAUGUGGAUUUCAUGAAGCAUACAUUCCCAGCCUUUUUCCAAGAAGACAGUCGAAGCAUGGCAAAGUCAACCUUCAGCUACUUGAAGGCAAGAUCGCGCUCGCAAGGGGGCAUUGUCAGACUGAACUUGCAAGGUGUUCUAGUGUUCAGUUAACUGUACCGGUUCAGAUAAUGAACGGCUGGGGAUCGACGACGGAGAAGAAGAUCGGAAGGCUUGCAUUCGCUCACCGUCUACCACUAGCUUAUUUACUUCUCACUGUUGCUUUUUCUUCUUUAUUCUCUCCUUGCCAACCACGGCUGUAACAGAACAAUGUAUGCGCUACACGGGAUAAGCCCCGAUCAAUCAAUAAAGCACUACGCGGCCUCCCAAGGGAGGUGAGACGCUUCUGAUAUUUCA